ACGUGUCAGUGUGGGGCUGGUCCGCGUAGCCCUCCCUUUCUGCAUAUAUAUGCGAGCAUGCAUGCUUUUUAAAGCUGAGCUUCACACAUGAAGUUAUAUUAUUAAAUACCAGGGGAAGGAUCCGCGUCCAUCACCUGCCAUUGCCACCUGCGGACGUCAAUCAUGCUUGAAUAUGCGUCGUUUUUCCUGACACGACACUUCUAUCUGAUUGGUCCAUCAGUGGUUCAGGGGCGGGAGCUCCGUAGUCUCUCCUGAAAUCUAAUUGGACGAAGGACGUCUUUGACGUGACGCAGCCAGGAAUUCCCAAAGUUCCCAAGUUCAGGGCAAGAGAGAAACGCUGUUCAUACUUAAAAACAAAAAGGUUUUGAAGGAAAAUAACAACGAACGACUGGAGUACGAAGAAGUGAGUCUGCAGAAUUUCAUUCAGCUGAAUCUGCACCGUGCUGUGCCAAGUGGAGCCUGCAGAGGGCGAUGUCUGACAACAGCCACAGCACAGGCAGCAGCGGCUCCUCCACCAACAGCUGGACCCUCCUCUCCCCUGAGGAAGCUGCCGUUGAGAAUGUCGGGCCAGUCGAUGACGGUACAGAGAGUCUGGGUGACGCACCAAGUCUCUCGGAGGACUUGACAGGAGCUACUGUGGAGUUCAAACCAAGUGACAUCUCAGUGGAAACCGUUCUGUCUGAAGAAGGCCAUCAGGUGUGUCAGGAGACCUCUCCAGAGUCAGGUGAGGGCCCCAUCCCUUCAAGUCCAUCACGAUUGAGUCCUCUUCCUCCAAACACUCUUGACACCACAGACCUCGACCAGGAGAGUCAGCCUCCAGUCAUCCAUGACAUCGUAACCAGCUCCCCUGGAGACAAUGAGCCCCUCGGAGUUACACCUUUUGUCACCUCCAUCGAUUUGUGUGCUCCUCUUGAUAUUCCAGCAUCUGAACUCCCAUUAGAGGCGCCUGAGGAGUCAUGCUCCGCUCCUCCCCUGGCUGCAGUCCCCAUUACCACAGAAGAAGCGUUUGACACAGCUGCUGAUGCCACGCUGAUCCCUGCGCAACCUAUCGAGGAGAGUCCUGUCUUCCCUGCUGAACCUGAGGUCAGCGUUCCAACAGAGACCCUUACAGCCCCUGAUCCCCCCUCUCAUGUUGAAGCUGAUAUCAGCACCGCUCCAGAGAGCACAGAGCUGCCGAGCCAAGUCCCUGAGAGCCCGGUGGUGGAGAGCCCAGUCACUGAUAGUCCUGCAGCAGAGACUGUAGGUGCAGCGGAGGCAGAGCAGCAGCAGGAGGAGGAGGAGGAGGAGGUGGCUGUGGAAGAGGAAGAGGUGGCUGUGGAAGAGGAGUUUGAGCCAUCUGAGUUGGUGACCCAGGAGGAAAGACAAGAAGAAGAGCCUUCCAGUAGUUUUGAUUCAGGCGACACGAGCGGCUUUGAUGACGGACUGAGAAGGAGGAACGUUCCCGCCUUUGAACCACUGAGACCUAGAACAUCGGACGAGGAAGAUGAGGAAGAGGAGGUGGAGUUUAAGAUGGAAGAUAAGAAGGAGGAGAAGCCUUUUUUCUCCUUGAACAAAUGCAUUGUGGGAGCUUUGAUCAUGCUCUUCUUGGGCUCCCUCUUUCUCUCAGGUUUCCUCUCUGACCUGGAUAAUGGUGACUUUGAUGGGACCGAUGGAGAACAAAGCCAGGACUGGCUUAGCAGUGAUCCACAGGAUAUGAAAGAGCUAUUGGAUAAGCUGACACAGGAAAACCAACAAAUCGCUCAGCUAGAGGCUCAACUACAGGCUCAGAAAGAAGAACUCGAUUCAGCUCUGAAGGCAGCAAGCGGGGACGAACAAAAUAAAGCGGGUCUGGAAAAAGAGAAUGUGAAGCUGAAGGAGGAGCUGUCGUCGCUGCCUGAGCUGAAGAAAGAGCUUGAGAGUCUGAGGGCCCGAGUGACUGAACUAACCCAGCUCACAGCUGACCAGGAAGUUCCGCCUGCUGCCUCAAGCUCAACCCCUCAUCCAGCAGGCAAAGACAGUCAGAACUACCAGAAAACAGCCAGUCCAGAGAAAAGACGGGACACAAAUGAUGGAGGGAAGCUGAAGGAAGAACUCCAGCGUCAGAAAGUCCUUCUGGAGGAGAGCAGGAAGAGACUUCAAGGGAUGAAAAAAGACGGAGGAGACAGGAAACGAGUGAGGGACAGUCUAGAGGAGAUUCAGAGGAAGCUGUCCGAACAGGUGGAGAAGUGGGGGAAGAAGAAGCCGCAGGAGGCCAAAUGGAAAGGGAACAAAGGCAAAACCAAUGAGCGGGACCACUGGAAGAAAGAGGAGAAGAAGGAGUGGAGAGGAGAGAAGGAUUGGAAGCACAGCAAAGAUGGAGGAUGGAGGGAGAAAGAGGAGAAGAAGGAGAAGGACAGGCGGUCUGAGAAACAAAACUCUCACAAGGAGGCGUGGAGGAAACACCAGGACGAGUGGGAGAGGAAGAAGGGGGAGAGGAGGAUGGACAGAGAGGAGAGGAGGAAGGAGAAACCGUGGCAUAGCAAGCAUGAGAGGAAUGCCCACAGCCAUCAUCAUCAUCAUCAGCAGCAGCAGCAGCAUCAGCAUCACCACCACCAUCAGCAGCCCCGUCAGCCCCAUCAGCACAACCAGGCCGGUUUCUGGAGAGACCAGGAGCAGAAGCUGCGACGCAACAUCCGCCCUCAGCUGGGCUGCAGCUCCUCAGAGGACUGCGCCGCCAAGGACGGGCUCUACCCGGUAGAGCUGCCUGAGUUCGAGGAGCUGCUGGAGGGCUACCUGAGCAAGCUCGAAGGAUCGUCAUCCGAGAGCAAAGACAAGAUCAGGAAGCUGACCGCCGAGUUCUUCGAGGGCGGGGUGUUCAUCCACGACAGGGUUCUUUUCAGUGACUUCGCCGAGGACGUGGCAGACAUCCUGGAGGACUUGGUGGACGUUUUGGAGGAUGACGCAGGAAAGGAUGACGACUCCUUGGAGGAAGAGAUGGAGGAGUUUGAGCGUGAAGCUUUAUGGAAGUUUGCUGCCACGGCUUGAAUGGACACAAACGGGGAAAACAGUAAAAAAAUUAAAAAAACGACACUAAGAUGCAGCACAAGUGGUGGUUUUUAGGACGUUUCUUGCCUACAUUCUCCUCCUCAGAGCUGUAAUUGUAGUAGCUUCAGGUGCAGAGUGCUUGUGCCUCUCAUAAAACGUGUCCCUUUGAGUCUUUAAUUAUAAGCUAGACUUGUUCUUGUCAUUUUGGACUUGUGUUACCUACCUCCUAAAGAAAAGCCCCUCAGUAAUGUGUUGUGUGGAUUUCACUCUGCUCUCUAGUGUUUUCUCUUAACCUAGUGCAUGUUGGAGCUCAUAAUGUAAAUUCAAACUCAUAUCACACUAAAAAACAGACUUCAAGGGGAUUGUUCUAGUUCUGUUUAGCAGCACUGCAAUGGUUAAAAUGUUCAUACAAUGACAGAUCGACAUGUUUAACGGACUGUUAAAUACUUUUCUGCCUUUGCCUUUUGCCCUCUCUGCAGAAACAACCUGCCUGUACUCGGAGCAGGUUAAAACAAAUCAGAGAAGUUUUCACAGAUCCCAUUCGCCUCUAGCCUGUUGUUAGCUGUCCAAUCCCAGAGGAUCUCAUGGGAUCCCGCUUCUUUCAGCGAGAAGAAUCAGAUCAGGUCGGACCAGUUUUUUUUUUUCUUGUGUGUCAGCAGCUCUUUAAUAGAUUUGGGCAAACACAGCAAGCCCUGAGUGUUUGGUUUUAUAGAUUUGACACACUCUUUGACUAAAGCUGUGUGGAGAAACAGGAUCUGGUUUGUCAAAGAAAAAAAAAUGCAAUAGGACACAAAGAUAGCCAUAGCUGAAUUUAUGAUUGCUUAACCACUGCAGCACUUUUCUCAGACAUUCACAUUUAAGUCUAACUCCUUUUUUUUUUUUUACAAGUUUUGAGACCGUUAAUUCUCAUUCUUGGGACCUUAAGUGCAUCAUCCACACAUACUUGGCAUCCCAGAGCUUUCAGCUAUCCACAUCUAUACCCAAAGAGUUUCAUGUAAUUGAUUUGCUGAUUAGCCUUGAGGUAAAACUCAAACAAAACCAGUGAUUUUAUCCUGUUGUUUUGUUAACAUCUUUAUCUUAAACGACAUAAAUGCACUUGACACAUCAAAAGAUGAAGAAAAAAAGAUAAAGCUGCUUCUUAUGUUGUUUUUUCAAGUUUAAAGGCGAGACAACCCAUAAAAUGUAGUUCAGCGCAAAGUUGAUUUAGUAUUGCAGAACUGCUUUUCAGAGUUUCAUACUUUAACACAAAGAAACUACAUGUUGUUUUCUUUUUUUGUGUUUGAUUCUAUUCGACUGUGACGUUUUCCCUUUUUUUUCGGUGGAUGUGAAGUUAAUAUUGACAGAUUGUGAUUGUUGGUACUCAUUUUCAGUAGUUAAAUCUCCUGUGAGGAGCUUUUAAGUUGUUAUCAAAUAAGCUGUAAAUGCUAUUGAUGCCUCUUUAUGAGCUACAAAAGCAAAAAAACCAUUAAUGGUGAUUUCUAUCGUCUGGAGCUGCUGUAGGACUUUUUAUCACGAAGAUUCUUCAUAAGAGAUACAUUUCAAUGAUAAGAGGAGCAGAAUAGUUUUUAUAGUUAUAAAAAAACACUAUAACACAUGUUCUGGACAAAAGGUACUACUUUGUCUACAGGGGGCGCCAAAAUCGACUAAGUUCCUCACAGGAGCUUUAAAGGAACUUGAAGUGUUUCAUAUUUAUUUAUUCUGUCCAUACACUGCAACUCUUUUCCUUUUUUUGACAAGAAGAACCACAUCCUGUGCGCCAGGCUGCACACGUUGAAUGUGUGAUGGUUUCAGAGAUUUGUUUGCCAGCUCCUGCUUAUGUGCCUUUAUUAAUAUAGAUGUGUUAGCCUGGACAAAAGGUCUUAGAUUUCAUUUGCUUCUGCAGCAUCAAGAAGAAGUUAGUUUACACCAUUUGUAAUUAACCUGCUGCUUAUAGAGCAGAGAGUGAAUGUCGUCGGGUUUACACAUGAAAAAGAUUUUUGUUCUCUGAUGUUCGUACAGAGGAUUAUUUUUGGAAGUUUUUAGACCAAAGGGAACAGAAGAACGCUUAAUUUCAGCAUCACUUAGCCUACUGUAUUAGUGAAAGUUUAUUCUGUAUUUGAGAAGUAUUUUUGUGUUUGUGGGAGAACAGCGAGGCUCUGUGCUGAGGGAGAAUGCAGAAACUGGCUCAGAUGUGCAUGUAAUUGAUCCCUGGAGAAAUGUAUUGAUGGUUUUUGAUCAAAUUUGGAUCAUUUUUAGUUUUUUUCAUCAGUUCUGUCCUCUUUUAGGAAGUCAGUAUUAAUUUCAAUAAAUUUUUCACCAUG